AUGAACGUUGGUGGAGCACAGUGCAGCGAUUGGUUAUGGGUUAUAGCUGCUCUUGGUGAGGCAAAGAAAGACAAAACAAAUGAACCUGUGGUUGUAUACUUGAAAGUUGGUGAACAGAAAUUUGUCUUGGGAACCCUCUCCAAGGAUAAAAUCCCUCAAAUAUCUCUGGAAUUGGUCCUAGAAAAGGAGUUCGAUCUUUCCCACAGUUCAAAAAAUCUCAAAGUGGACAAGCUUAAGUUAAUUGAUUUCUAUGGUUUCUACUACUAUGAAGAUUUGUGUCAUGACGUAUUUGGGGUUGCAAAGGAAAAGAAGGAUGCUAGGGAAGUGCAAUCAAAUCGAGAUGCACUUUGCAUUAAGCGUUUUUUCCCCCGUUUUGUGAAGAUUUACAUGAUGCCUUGCCAAAUUAGAGGAAAGCUGAGGAAGGAGUUUAUUUGUAAUUGGACAGAUAGCGAUGAGGAUAUUCCAUUGGCUAACACAGAGAGAAUGAUACCUGUUUCUUCUUGA